AUGGGUUCGAUUGAAGCAGCUCUUACUGAGAUACAAUCUCUGAAGCCAGGAGAACGUCUCAAUUAUAACAAAAUUGCGAAAAAGCAUGGAGUUCACCGGUCAACGCUAUCAAGACGUCAUCACGGUCUACAGGGCUCCCGUCAAGACCAGUACGAAAACCAACAAAUUCUCAACAGCCAGCAGUACAAAGAGCUUAUUAAAUGGAUUAACAACCUUACCGAGCGUGGCCUACCACCAUCCCAAUCAAUGUUACGAAAUUUCGCGAAGGAAAUCACUGGAAAUAAGCCCAGAAAAUGCUGGCCCAACCGCUUCUUAAAGGGGCAUAACAAUGAGCUUGUCGCCCACUAUACUACUGGGAUUGAUUCCUCACGCAAGAGAGCUGACUAUGCCUACAAAUAUGCGCUAUAUUUCGAGCUUAUGGCUAGAAAGAUUGAGGAAUACAGCAUCAGACCCGAAGAUAUGUACAAUAUGGAUGAGAAAGGUUUUCUCAUCGGAGUACUAUCUAAGGGUAAACGAAUAUUUUCCCGACAAAAGUACGAGCAGGGAGGGCUUAAUCAAUGCCUACAGGAUAGUAAUAGGGAGUGGAUUACGACAAUUGGCUGUAUUUACGCUGAUGGAACAGCUCUCUCUCCUGGUCUUAUCUACCAAGCUACCUCUGAGAAUAUACAGGAUACGUGGCUCCAAGAUUUCGAUCCAGGCGAGCACCCCUGCUUCUUUACAUCCUCUCCCAGUGGGUGGACGAAUGACGACCUUGGUUACGCUUGGCUUAUCUCAAUAUUCGAUCGCGAGACAAAGGAGAAAGCGCGGCGACGUUAG